CUCGCCACAGUUGCAGGGCUGGCAUAUGGGUUGUUCUACCUGACCAUUGUGUUAGGCUAUUCCCUUACCCACAAGGACUUCUGGCAGCCUCAGACGUCCACCGAGAGACGACUUCAUGAGCGGGCAUCCCAGGAACUCUGGUCCUUGCGGGAGAGUGUCGAAGGUAUCAAGCACGACUUUCUCCGACUAGUGGACGGUACUCAACUUCAUUACCUAUUAUCCUCCCCUCACCUUGUGAAUCCUCGGACUCUCAUCAUCUUCCUCCAUGGCUUCCCGGACUCGGCUCAUCUCUUCCUGCAUCAGCUGCGCUCACAUUGGGCCAGGGACGCACAGCUCGUAGCUCUCGAUCUGCCUGGAUGUGGCGGAAGUGAUAGCAUUGAGCAGUAUGGUCCUGACCAGGUGCUGAAUGUGGUCUCGGAAGCCAUUGUACUUCUCAAGGAACGCCACUUGGAUUUACAGGCCCACCCGAGGAGUGAGAAAACGCGCUGCAUUCUGGUAGGGCACGAUUGGGGAGGGAUCAUUGGCUUCCGUCUUGCAGCAGAGACCUCCGAUCUGCUCGAUCAUCUGAUUGUCAUCAAUUCACUUCACCCUGCUUUCGCUGAAGAACAACUGAAAGGUCGAAUCGCGAAAACGAAAAUUCUGCUAAAGAACCGGGAUUUCCGAACAGCAGCGAGUGUUUUGGGACCCGUGGUUUCGCAGUUGGUCAAAUCGAGCUAUACAUAUAUGUUUUCGCUACCACUUCCACUGGCGAAGCUGAUACCAAGAUUCACGAUGUAUCUGAUCCGAUUUUCUCAUAAUCUCGAGUACAAGCAUGGACCUUCACCAUCUCAAGAAGAACGUGCCAUCCGACUCGCAAUUUCGUGUGGACCCGGAACAAGAGAGUGUCUAUCUCCAGCUGAAAACGGCUCCACGUAUGGCCCGUCUGUCUACGCUCGUUCCAGGACGACAGUACCCGGAGACUGGGACGGGAGAGUCAAAUUGUAUGCACAAGGUCUCCUACGCCGGAAGUGGACGCCAUCUUAUCCCGGUUACAUUAAACAGCAUGAUCAGACUCUGCCAUCUACAUUCGAUGGCAAGCAUUUCAAGUGCCCAGUCAGCUUCAUUUUCGGAUUGCAAGAUAUUGCAUUAGAUCCUCGCAUCGCAGUUGAUGGUGUCGAGAGAUACUUUCUCCAGAACGAAGAAGCUACUGCAGCCUUUCAACAGAGUAGAGUAGUGCGGCUGCCCCGGUGUGGACAUUGGAGUCUGCUUGAGAAGGAUGGCGAGCGGGCUUUGAAUGAAGUCUUG